GGCAGAAUUCACUCAAUCUUACUCUAUCAAUAUGGAGACCCUUCCGACCGAGUUAGUCGACACUAUUGUGAGCUGGCUCGAUCUCCGGGAUGUCUGCGCGCUCCGUCUGACUGGACGUACUAUCUUAUACCACAUAUCUACUGCCGCUAUUUCUCGGAGAUUUUGCUCUUCUAAGAGAGUGAAAAUGACAGAGGCUGCGCUAGAACAGCUGGUUCGCUUCACCCAGCCAGGACAGGUGGGCCUCUGGCUUCAACGGCUCACGCUGUAUGACUGUGUCGAGCGCACCGAGCAGUCUUGUGUUGAUUUCGACGCAUCCGAGCUACUGGCCCAAGCAUUUGCGAACAUACGCGACCGACCCGCAUCCCACCGGGGCGAUCAGCUGUCGCUCUCAAUCUCCCUGGAGGUCGACAACUUCUCUACUUGGGACAGGGAUGUCACGGCUCGGGUGUUCCACGCGACCAUCUCCGCCAUCGCGAGGACGGAAAUCCCGAUCCAGGAACUGGAUAUUUUCGGCGACACUUAUGUGCACGAUCACCAUUUCAAAAACGGCCAAUGUAGCUUAGCUUUUAGCGAUAUCGCGCUUGCUUUAUCACGCCACCGGACCCCCUUGGCAACAUCCUUGCGAAACUGCACCAAGUUCUGCCUGAGUCUAGGCCACUCAACCCGGGGAUUCAAUUUCGAGUGCAGCCCUCGGGACUUGCGUCUACCGCUGACCGCGAACGAAGCCCGACAGAACAUUCAGUCGCUUUGUGAUCUCCUCACCAUGUGCCCUUUCCUCGAAGAACUACACCUCGUGUGGGAGCAUGACGACUUAGAAGAAACGGAUGCGUGCAGAGAAGAACGGGGAUUCUUCAACCAGAUAGGUAUUUCCUGUGCAUUUGCAAACUUGAAGCGAUGUAAACUUCAGGAUCUCCACACGUCCGAGAACCCGAUCAUGACCUUCUUCCGCCGGUCCCCGAGGCUGCUAGAGUUGACCUUGGACGGAUUGUUUAUGAUGCCCGGAGAUUUCAGUCAUCUUUUUCGUUUGCUGUCUACAGCUAUGCCAGACCUGGGAUUGUUACGGCUCCGAGGGCUGUAUGACGACCUGGGUGGUCUGUACUUUUUCCACGAACCAAAAGAAAGCACAUGGGGCAGACGGCCAGGGGCUGCUCUACAUGGUAUCCGCCGGAGAGGGUCCGACGCCAGAAAACUAGUUGUACCUACCAACAGAAGAUAGGAGUCGAUUAGAUUGGACUAUUUAGAAGAGCCAUGGGUGUGGAAGUCCAGAUCUCAAACAACAGUCCAAGCACAGAGGUACCCUGGUAAUGCCUUGGCUUUCCCAUUUAUGGGACCUAUCAGGCGAUGUAACCUCAAUUUACAGAAUCGGAUCACGGGUAAUUCAAGGCCACCUUUCCCAUAUUUUUUCUAAUCCUCAGAAAUGUUACAAAGGUUGUCAAGCGAGCCCAGAUAAUACUGCUCGCUAUUCUUCCACAUUCAUUUCUUGCUGUGUCUUCCAUUGCUGAGGAUAGAUUAUUCAGCUUGUCUUUAGGCAUUUCUCCUUCAAAAGAGCAGCAAGGUUGAAGAUCCUGCGAGACCAACAUAACCAUGUCACAUACCUUGAAAUGGGGGCUUUUGAUCUCCAUAGCGCUUUGGUGGAAACUCAUCGGCGCCGAUAAAUCCUUCAUCUACUCCCAGGUAGGGGAGUUGAGAGCCAUCUCGGUUGGGGUGGAG